CCAUGCUUCCCCAGCUGGUCUUGGAUCCUCCUGUCUCGGCCUCCCAAAGUGCUGGGAUUACAGGCUUGAGCCACCGCACCCGUCCAGAAUUUUAGAUUUUUUUAAAUCCGUGGUUGAAAAAUAGGCUAUGGCUGGCUUACUCAUUGUGCUUUAGGGAAGCAUGUAUUUGAGUGAAGGAAAUGAUAAAAGGAAUUUCAUGUCGGGCCCAGGCGCCGCCCACCCUGCAAGACAGUUUACAGAUGCCUGCCCUGACAGCUGUCUGCAGUUAGCCAGCGUCAGCCGAGGGGUCCUGAGAUCCGCUGAAGGCCGCCUUUGCAUGCCGACGGCAAGGGAAAAGUGCCAUAUGUCCCUGGGCUUGCCACAGGUGACCUUUGGAUGGGACCAUUCUCCAGACAGCGCAGCUCGUCUUUCCAGAACGCUCAUGGGGAGUGUGCCUGUGUCUGGCUGGCUGUGUGGGCUCCCAUUCAGUUCAUUCCUCUUCUCCAGCCUUUAGGCAUGACCCUAAAGGCAGAGGUCUCAAGCACUUGCCAGGGGUGAGCCAGCGGCGGGGGCGCCCCUGCCAGGCCUGCUGUGGGGCUUGGUCAGCGAGUCUUCUCCCCACACGCAGGGUUUCCUCCCAUCCACUGCCUCUGCCCACAGGUGACCUUUCUCUUUUAAAGGAAUUGGGGUCCCUUGGUACCCCCACAAACCCUGAGUUCCCUCUCUCCUUUCUGCGUCCUUUCUGCUCGCCUGCAUGUGCCUGCAGCAUCAUGACCGCUGGGAAGACACUUCCCCGCACCUGCACGCUGUCUGCAGGCGUCUCUGGCCAUCCUGGGCUGAGCUGCGUGAUCUCGGGUAGCGGCCCCUCGUUCACCCGUACAGGAUGUCUUUGGAAUCGGUCUCUAGUGUCCUUUAUAAAUAACUGGUAUAAAAGAACCCCGGGCAAUGGCCUUGCAGAAAGCCCACACUUCAGAGCUGGGCUGGUGUCCAGGGCGAGAAGCCUGAGGCCGUCCUGAGCUGGAAGCCGCGUCCUGGUUCUGUGGGGCCAUCCUUCCCGGACAACUGGCUGGGGGGCACAAGACUCUGGUGGCCGACAAGAGGCCCACCUGCUUGGCCUCCCUCUUGUCCUUCCCUACACGGCCCUCUGAACAGGACUCACUCCCUCUGAGGCCCGCGUGUGACAAAGAUGCGCUGUUCUCACCACGGAACUCUUCAGCCCUGCAGUUCUCCCGAAGGUGAAUGAGGGCAUCCCAGAGUCCCCAUCAGGAGACAGACGAUGCCGCAUUCCCAGCAUCCCCAGAGCCCCCCCAGGCGCACAGGUCUCCUGCAGGCAAACAGAUCUCCCGGCACGAGCCCCUCCACACUUCUGGGAAGAGUGUCUUCAGCUCACCAGGCCGGAGCCAGGGGAAGAGACCGAGGGAGGAGGCUCCAAGACUCCCUGGGUUGGGGGGACAAGCACUCAAAGCCAGGACUGGCACCCCUCACAUGCCAGCACCCACGGGGUCAGGUGCGCCCUGCUGUCUCUGGGGGUCCCGCAGGCCUCUGGCCACCUGCCCAGCAGCAAGCCCCGUAGAGCACCCCCAGCCGGCCUUCCUUGGGGCGGGCUAGGCCUCACAUGGCUUUUUUUAAAAUAUGGAAAACCAGUGUAACCCCAAAGCAAGUUUCAGGAGAAAAUAUAAUUCCUAUUACUCUGUUGUCUAUAAUUCCAUUCUGCUCUUAACUCUUCAUUUUUUCCCACUGUCUGUUCUGCAGACAUACAAUGGUUGUUUUCUGCUUCCUAACCAUCUAGUGACAUUUUUCAUCUUCUGCACCUCUCACGGGGCGUGGCUGCGCGGUACUCGGCCACACCAAGGUGCACGUGAGAAGCGUAAUUGGGCGUAAAGAUCAGCGUCUCCAUGCAGAGUGGCGGUUCUCUCCCUUUCUGCUGCUACCUUCCAUCUGUCUCCUCCCAACUGUUGCUUAGAGAAGGUCAUUGUAAUUUCAUAAAACGUACUCAAUGUAAGUCAUCAAAACUCAUGUUUAGCAGAGACUUCCUCUCUGGACGAAAAUACUGUAGGUGUCUCCUGUGGGCGCUCCCUGACCAUGCCAGGAGGAGGGGUCCCACCAGUGCCAACGCCCUCCCCCUGUCCGCAGAACUGGUCAUGCUGCUGGAGUGGUGGUCCUGCACGGAGUGUACGCUGUUCACGGACCAGGCCACGGUAGAGCGCUUUGGGAAGGAGCACGCAGUCAUCAUCCUCAACCACAACUUCGAGAUCGACUUCCUCUGUGGGUGGACCAUGUGUGAGCGCUUCGGAGUGCUGGGGAGCUCCAAGGUCCUCGCUAAGAAGGAGCUGCUCUACGUGCCCCUCAUCGGCUGGACGUGGUACUUUCUGGAGAUUGUGUUCUGCAAGCGGAAGUGGGAGGAGGACCGGGACACCGUGGUCGAAGGGCUGAGGCGCCUGUCCGACUACCCCGAGUACAUGUGGUUUCUCCUGUACUGCGAGGGGACGCGCUUCACGGAGACCAAGCACCGCGUCAGCAUGGAGGUGGCGGCUGCUAAGGGGCUUCCUGUCCUCAAGUACCACCUGCUGCCGCGGACCAAGGGCUUCACCACCGCGGUCAAGUGCCUCCGGGGGACAGUCGCAGCUGUCUAUGAUGUAACCCUGAACUUCAGAGGAAACAAGAACCCGUCCCUGCUGGGGAUCCUCUACGGGAAGAAGUACGAGGCGGACAUGUGCGUGAGGAGAUUUCCUCUGGAAGACAUCCCGCUGGAUGAAAAGGAAGCAGCUCAGUGGCUUCAUAAACUGUACCAGGAGAAGGAUGCGCUCCAGGAGAUAUAUAAUCAGAAGGGCAUGUUUCCAGGGGAGCAGUUUAAGCCUGCCCGGAGGCCGUGGACCCUCCUGAACUUCCUGUCCUGGGCCACCAUUCUCCUGUCUCCCCUCUUCAGUUUUGUCUUGGGCGUCUUUGCCAGCGGAUCACCUCUCCUGAUCCUGACUUUCUUGGGGUUUGUGGGAGCAGCUUCCUUUGGAGUUCGCAGACUGAUAGGAGUAACUGAGAUAGAAAAAGGCUCCAGCUACGGAAACCAAGAGUUUAAGAAAAAGGAAUAAUUAAUGGCUGUGACUGAACACGCGGCCUGACGGUGGUAUCCAGUUAACUCAAAACCACAGCAACACACAGAGUGGAGGAAAAGACAAUUAGAAACUAUUUUUCUUAUUAACUGGUGACUAAUAUUAACAAAAGUUGAGCCAAGAGUAAAGAAUUCAGAAGGCCUGUCAGGUGAAGUCUUCAGCCUCCCACAGUGCAGGGUCCCAGCAUCUCCACGCGCGCUCGUGGGAGGUGGGUCCGGCCGGAGAGGCCUCCCGCAGACGCCGUCUCUCCAGAACUCCGCUUCCAAGAGGGAGCCUUUGGCUGCUUUCUCUCCUUAAACUUAGAUCAAAUUUUUUGGUUUUUAAUCAGUUAUUUUGGGAACUUAACCUGGCCCCCCACCUCUUCUGCACCCCCCCCCCCCCGAAACUGUCUCGUAAUGAAUUUCUGCUGUCCUCCUGGGAGUGGACGGCCGGGUCCCGUCCCCCGGGAGCAUUGCUUGGCUCAGCACCUUGGCUCCCAGUGGGGGCCCCGUGGAGGGCGCCCGUAGUGAUAAGCACACCGGCACGAACAUCAGGUCCAUUCCUCGAAGUCGGAGCCCUCACUCUGCCCUGUCCUGGGGCUGGCUGAGGGCGAACGCCCCACCUCACUUUCUAGAGCCCUGUCUGCCCUAGCUCCUGUUUGACCUUGUGUGUAAAUACGUACAUCUGUUUUUAAAGUGGAUGGACCCCUGAGAACUCAGUGAAAUGCAGAGUUCUCCAUGCACCUAAAGCUCCUUUGUCGCUCUCAUGGCUGUCAGAUCCUGGUCCCUCCACACUGGGUGCUGGGGAGGGAGGACCCUCGGGGCUACCGUGCGCCCCCCCAUCCCACAGAUCAGGAGCCAAGGAGGGAGAACAGGGCAGCCUGUGGGACUCUAGGAUGCUUCAGAAGAAGCGAGGGCACCGUCAACCCUCUUUUUUAAAGGUGGUUGGAGACUGUUAACACUGAGCUCAUUGGCUUCUAGAGAUUUUAUUUUUACUGGUUGAUCUCUUGGUGGUUUUCAACUUCCUGCUGGAAACUAGAGGUGGGGCACCCCCCACCCCCCAGCCUUGCACUGUGUCCUUGGGGAGGGCCUGCCCCCAUCCUGGCCGGUGUCACUGUGGCCCGGCCACCCCUGAGCGCCCAGCUCCCUGCCUCCUGGACGUCUCUGAGAGUCCAGGCAGAGCAGAGGGCAGCGCUCGGCCGGUCAUGCUGGCUCCCCUGGCCUUGCAGCGAGCCCCUGGCCCACGCCGAGCGAGGGCUGCUUCUCCCUACAGCAUGUCCACUCCCCCAGCAUGGCCAGGUGGGGCCCCUGGGGCAAUGGCAGUGGUAGAAAGCUCAACUUGGUUGCGGUACCAUCAGCCCACCUGCAUUUGGCUUUCAACUUGCUUGUUCUGAGUCACACCCCCCUCAUCUUUUUAGCAAGGGAAAAAAACAAAAAUGGGUGUUAUCUCUGAUACAUUGAAACCAGCGUUCUGAAUAGGGGUAGGUUGAGUUUUCUAGGGGAAAACAAAUGGAGAAAAGAGGCAUGAAGAAAAGUAAACCGAGAACAUAAUUCGGCAUCGGGCCUAAGUGUCCUGGGGAGAUUGGAGGGGACGGCAGCGUUCUGCAUGAUGGAGGCACUGCCGGGCCCCGGGUCUGUGGGGGCCGUGCUCUCAGGGCGUGUGCGGGAUGCCACCUGUGCACACCUGCUCAGAGCACGGCUCCUCACGGGGGUGAAGGGGCAGACCAACGAAACCAGAUGAGACCAACGAAACCAUGCGAGACACGCUUGCAGACACUGUUGUUUUGGAAAUGUGCUUCCCUCCAUCUGAAAUCUCAUCCCUCCACCCGCUCACUCGGGCAGCUGUGCUGUGGGCAGGGCACGCGCUCCCCUGGCUGAGCACCCCAGAGAUUCUCCUGCACCUUCCUCAUGCCACACGCUGCUCAUCUUUCUCCGUGUGUGUUUAGAUCCAUGCCAUUCACUGACUCACUAACACCUGCAAAAUCUUUAAGGAAAAAAGCUGAAGGGUACGACCAUGCACAUAUGUGACCUGGAAAAUGCAAAUUUAGAUCUUUUAUGAUUUAAUUGUUAUUGUUUCCCAUAGAAGUUCCCUCCCUUUGAAAUUAAUAUAUAACGUAUAAAUUCUGCACUGAGCCAUGGCGGAGCUGGGCAGCCCCUAGGUUAGAGUGGAGACGGAGGCCCAGGUGCAGGGGUCACACCUCAUCUGGUUUCCUUCCCAUCUCACAGCUUAGCUUGUGCUUCUCAACACCAAGUCUUUAAGAGCAAUAAAAACUACACCAUGAAUGUUUGGAUUUUUUUUUUUUUUUUGGAGGAGGGUGGAUUUUGCUUUUCAUCCAGAAGCAAAAGGGGAGGAGAGCUCCUUUACAUUUUUUAAAUUAAAUUCAUAAAUCCCAGAACAGUCUUUUUUUUCUUUUUCCUUUACACCCUACUUCUGAGCUUAAUUCAGUUGAUGUUAUGUCCAAAUUCAGGCUGAGUGCUCAGGCUGAAGCAACUCUGUAGCCCCCAGUCCGUGCGGGCCGCUGUCAGGGUGAAGCACAUUCUAGGCCUGGCAUCGCUGAUGCCCUCUGCACCUGGUCCUUGAGCCAGGCCGAGGACAGGAAGGGCAUUGCUGGCCUGUAGCUCCUGUUACCCACCCAAGAGCCAGGCGCCCCACUGGAGGCUCCCAGGUGAGAUGGCCCAGGCCCACCCACAGGCGUCUGGCAGGCCAAGAUCCCAGCCUGGGCCGUGGUCUCCUGGGGACGCCGCUGGCCUCCCAGCUUAGGCCCAGGUGCCAAGUGUCAUGGGGUCUCCUGCCCAUCUUCCCAAGGAUGUCAUUGCUGUCUUCAUCGUCUUCCCCCGUGUGAGACACUGGUUGUCUGGUACUCGGCGACAGUGUACCAGACGCGCACCCUAUGUGAGGUGCUUUAAGGUCCCUGUCCUCAGGAAGCGCAGUCUGGUGGAAGAGAUGAGCGCUGAACAAAUCACUAAAUAACACAAAACAACAAUGUAAGCAGCACUUUCUUGUGUAAAAAAAAAAAAAAAAAAAAGCACGUCCUGUCGAUGAAUUUUGAGUCUCUCUGCCUUGCCUGUCCCGACUCCCUUUCGUGCACUGUGGCAUGAGAAUCUUUCCUCACGCUGUUCGUUGCGGUAUUGCUGAGCAUUGACGUUGAUCUGAAGGAAAAGCCGUGGUUGGAUCCAGCUGUGUGUUUCACUCACGUGCAAUUGAGUAGCUGUUGCCAGGCUGUCCAUGCCUGUUGUGACUACCGGUUGGGGUCAGAUUUGGGGUGAAGAGUAAGUAACUUUCUGCAUGCUUUGUCUCUACCUGAGACACUUAUACAACAAGCCAAGUAUAAUCUCUCCAGCCCUGCAGAUUUUCACCUGACUUGUUCAACCCCAUGCGUAGACUCCCGCUGCAGGCCUCUGGCCUGUGGCUCACUGCAUGCAGCCCCUGGCGUGCAAUACUAGUGCUCCACGGCGUGAUGUGCUUCUAGCCCUUGCACUGCACCUAGGCUCAGGGUUCAAACGGCCAGCCCGAAACGCCUGCCUGCCUUCUUUCUGGAAACAGCACGUCCCCGGCCCUGUGCCUGCCCCUUUCUCUACUGAGCUAGUCCCCAAACCAAAGGCAAGCCCCCUCUGGCCUCGGGGGAUGGGGCCGGCCACACCCCUGACUCCGCCCUGGCUCUGCCCCAUACCCCUGCCGUGGGGCCGACCUGGGGGAUGCAGACAUCCGGCUCCGUAUUCCUGCCUAUCGGGGCCAGGAUGCAAAAACAAUUUUUGCGUAAAAGAUGUCACACUGAUCUGCUGGAGUGGGGUGGACACAUGAAUUCAGUUUUAUCAUGAACACUUGCCACUCGCUGCUCAUUAAUUCAGGGAUAAUGGUGGCAUUCUUACAAACUGCUCGGGAAAUAGAAUGACGGGAACACUUUUAGGGAGCCCAGGAAGUUACCAGGGACAUUGGUGUCGCCGGCCCAGGCAACAGCAGUGUACGUUUUUCAAAGAUCAUUGAGUUGUCUUAGAAUUUGAAGCUGUGUACAAUGACAAUGUCACCUGGAGUUCGUCUCCAUUUCUUAACUUUUUGUUGCACAAGUAUUUGGACAGAAGUCGAACUGUGAAUGAGAUACUGAAAUGCACUAAAUUGUAUGACAUUAAACUGGAGUUACUUGAUACAAUGAAGAAAUGCA